AUGGCCACUUUCGCGUCGUCUUCGUUGGCUAAAACAACUAGUGAGAUUAAUGAUGAAGAAGCUGAAGCCCCUUCGACGAGUACUCAGCCAAAACGUAUUCUAACUCAAGAAGUCAGUUCUAUAUUGGGUCUCCAAUCUGAACUAUUGAAAGCUAAAGAAAGAGCUGCUAAACUACCUCAGAGGACAGAUUACAGAAGUGGGAACAAGGGUGUUUUACAUGUCAAAAAAGAUGAGAAAGCAUCGCUCAAAGCCGAAGCUGCUCAAAGAAAAGCACAUAUCAAAGAGUUGGGUAGAGAGUUAGAAAGAGAAGAAGCUGAACGGUUAGCAACUAUUCAACGAGUCAUGACGGAAAAGUCAGCACUCUACGACAAGUUAUCGAAGGGGAAGGUGAUGCUUACGAACCCGGAUAACACUCCAGUCGACUUCAUGGUUGAUUUCAUAACAAAAAAACGUCAGAAUCAAGAAGAAACUAGAAUGCGAGAGGAGUUCGAACCAACAGCUGAACCUUCUACUAGUUCAGAAGUGCAACCAGAACAUUAUGUCCCAGACGAAGAACGCAGAGUCUACGGAGCUUCUCAUGUUCGAUUCUCACAAAAUGAAGAAAAGCGUAAGAAACAGAUGGAUGAUCUUUUGAAGAUGAGUGAUGACACUGCGGCAGCUCGUGAAAAGAACAAGUCGGUGAUGGCGAAAAGAGAGCAAGUGAAACGAAUGAAAGUUGCUCGAAUGAGAGAAAAAAUGGGAUUGCCUCCUUUGAAAGACCCUACACCUCCACCUGAGGUCGACUUGACCGAGAUUCCGUUGCCUGAUGAUAUAGAAGAAGAAGUGGAGAAGCAGCAUCAGAAAAGAAUCAAAUCCGAUCGUGAAUGGGAUCGUGGUAAAGACAGGUAUCAUCGCUGGAUCGAAAAAGAACGGGAAGAACGUAACGACGAAUUUGCUCCACCAAAGUUCUAUUAA